AUAAUUUAUCAGUACUCCAGGCAAAGGCCAAGGCCAGUACCAGUAGUAGCAGAUCAACGACAUCAUGAUGAAGAUUCGUAUCAGUCUUUUGCUCACUCUCUCCCUUGCAAUUGCAUUGUUUGUUGUAUUCACUCUAAUAUCACAACCACAGCACCUAAACGGCAUGGAAUAUGAGGUGCGGGUGGUGAAUGGAUUCACAGACAACUCCUCUCUGCCUUUGGUAAUUUGGUGUACAUCAAAAGACGGUGAUAUGGGUGGACGUGCACUCCAAGAGCACGACGAUUUCAGCUGGGUUGUCAGGACCAAUUUCUGGGGCUCUAGUACUCAUUUCUUCUGCACCAUGAAAUGGGACCAAAAGAGGAAGAGUUUCGAUGCGUUUAAGGUUCCCAGGGAUAGUUAUCGCUGCGGCCUUCUUAGGAAGUGCUACUGGUUGGUGAAAGAGGAUGGGUUUUAUUUCAGCAAUGAUGAUGUGAAUUGGAAAAAGGACUUUUCUUGGUAUUAGCUGUUUAGCUGUUUUUGGAGAGAGAUCAUCAUAAAAAAUGAGACAGACAGACAGGCUUGCCUUGCUUUGUGCUAUAUAUUGUCUGAGGAUUUCAAUGAUCAGAGACUUUGUCAGCAGAAGUUGCGGUUUCAGCGACCUUGACUGAAGACAUAUUUUCUGUAUCUAGACUUCUUCUUGAUCUUCUUCUUCUAAAAAAAUAGACGUUCCUUUCUUUUCUGCAA